UUCUCACCUGACCACGCCUCCUCUCGCUGCUACGUCCCACCCCUCUCUGGUAGCCCUAACAUCCCCAGCUUGUUCGGCCACGCCCCGAAAGUAUGGCUCCGCCCCUUCUCAGGACGGCCACUCUUCUUCAACACCACGCCCCUCUAGUUGCCACGUUACGCCCUUCUCCCCAAACGCCAGGCUCGGCUCAUUUACCGCCCUGCUCUUCUCUCCAGACUCCGCCCUCUCCACUGCUGCACCCCGCCCCACCACUUCGGCCCCGCCCCAAAGGCCUGGCCACGCCCCGGCCACAGCCCUGCUCCUGGCCGCACGCCUCCCUGAUUUUGGUUUCUCGUCGCCGCGCUCCGCCCCUCUUGACUGGCCCCGCCUCAUGGCCCCACCUCCUCCUGGCACCAAGCAGGCUCCCAGCCUCAGCCAGCCGCGGGCAUCAUGGGCACAGCCUCGUCGCUGGUGAGUCCCGCUGGCGGGGAGGUGAUCGAGGACACGUACGGGGCAGGCGGCGGCGAGGCCUGCGAGAUCCCGGUGGAAGUGAAGCCCAAGGCCCGCCUGCUGCGUAGCUCUUUUCGCAGGGGCGCGGGAGCGGGGCCCGGGUCGCUGCCUCGCGCGGCGGGGGGCGGCGGGCUGCUGGGCGCCAGCUUCAAGUCCACCGGCUCGUCUGUGCCCGAGCUAGAGUACGCGGCGGCCGAGUUCGAGCGGCUCAAGAAAGAGUAUGAGAUCUUCCGGGUCAGCAAGAACCAGGAGUUGUUGUCCAUGGGCCGCCGAGAGGCCAAGCUGGACACGGAAAACAAGCGGCUGAGAGCGGAGCUGCAGGCACUUCAGAAAACUUACCAGAAGAUACUUCGGGAAAAAGAGGGUGCAUUAGAAGCAAAAUACCAAGCCAUGGAGAGAGCGGUCACGUUUGAACAUGACAGAGACAGAGUUAAAAGGCAAUUCAAGAUUUUUAGGGAGACCAAAGAAAAUGAAAUUCAGGACUUACUGAGGGCCAAGCGAGAGCUGGAGAGCAAACUUCAGAGGCUGCAGGCUCAGGGUAUCCAAGUGUUUGACCCUGGGGAGUCUGACUCAGAUGACAACUGCACAGAUGUCACGGCUGCCGGAACCCAGUGUGAAUACUGGGCCAGCAGGGCCCUGGGCAGCGAGCAUUCCAUAGGCAGCAUGAUCCAGCUUCAGCAGUCCUUCAGAGGCCCCGAGUUUGCCCACAGUUCUAUAGAUGUGGAAGGACCGUUUGCAAACAUCAACCGAGAUGACUGGGACGCUGCCGUGGCUGGUUUGUUACAGGCCACCCCCUUGUUCUCACACUCCCUGUGGAGUCACCCUGUCAGAUGUUACCUCAUCUAUACAGACGAAACUCAGCCCGAAAUGGAACUUUUCCUUAAGGACCAUUCACCUAAACUUAAAAGGAUGUGUGAGACAAUGGGAUAUUUCUUCCAUGCUGUUUAUUUUCCAAUAGAUGUUGAAAAUCAGUACCUCACUGUAAGAAAAUGGGAAAUUGAGAAGAGUUCUUUAGUUAUUUUAUUCCUUCAUUCAACAUUACCAAGUUUUUUACUGGAAGACUGUGAAGAAGCUUUUCUGCAAAACCCAGAAGGAAAACCACGAUUAAUCUACCAUCGAGUGGAGGAUGGAGAAGCCACUUCCGACUCCGUCCAGCAGUUACUGGAUCAAGUUUCCAACCUAAGCAAGACAACUAAAGCCAAGAUCAUUGAACACUCGGGAGAUCCUGCAGAGGGAGUGUGUAAGAUUUACAUGGGUGUGGAAAAGAUUAUUAAACAGGACAUCCUUGGGCUCGAGAACACAGACACGGAGGUGAAGGAUGGGGCCAGUGAGGAUUCUACUCCAGAAGAAGAUGAUUUGGGGGAUGUUCUGUGGGACAUACAUGAUGAGCAAGAGCAGAUGGAAGCCUUUCAGCAGGCUUCUAGCUCCGCCCAUGAACUGGGAUUCGAAAAGUAUUACCAGCGCCUGGAUGAUCUGGUGGUGGCGCCAGCUCCGAUCCCACCCCUCCUGGUUUCUGGAGGACCGGGUUCUGGAAAGUCCCUUCUUUUAUCAAAGUGGAUUCAGCUGCAGCAGAAGCAUUUCCCUAACACUCUGAUCCUGUCUCAUUUUGUGGGGAGACCAAUGUCAACCAGCUCAGAGUCUUCCUUGAUUAUCAAGCGGCUGACCCUGAAGCUGAUGCAGCACCUCUGGGCAGUUUCUGCACUGACGCUGGAUCCCGCUAAGCUUCUGGAGGAAUUUCCACAUUGGCUGGAGAAGCUCUCCGCCCGGCAUCAGGGCAGCAUCAUCAUCAUCAUCGAUUCCAUAGAUCAAGUCCAGCAAGUGGAGAAGCACAUGAAGUGGCUGAUAGACCCCCUGCCGGUGAAUGUCAGAGUCAUUGUGUCUGUGAACGUGGAGACCUGCCCCACAGCAUGGAGGUUGUGGCCUACACUGCAUCUCGAUCCUUUAAGCCCCAGCGAUGCCAUAUCUAUAAUAACGGCAGAAUGCCGCUCCGUGGACAUGCUGUUGAGCAGAGAGCAGGAGAAGAUGCUAGAACAGCACUGCCGUCCAGCGACAACCCGCCACGCCCUCUACGUCACCCUUUUCAGCAAGAUGAUGGCCUGUGCCGGGAGAGCGGGUCACUUAGCUGAAACCCUUCAUCAGUGCCUGCAGUGUCAGGAUACGGUGUCACUGUACAGACUCGUUCUCCACCACGUCCGGGAGUCCAUGCCAAGUGACAGGGAUAAAGAGUGGAUGACACAGAUUCUCUGCCUCAUCAACGUUAGUCACAAUGGCGUGAGUGAGUCAGAGCUCAUGGAGCUGUAUCCAGAGAUGUCCUGGGCCUCUUUGACCCCCAUCAUCCACAGUUUACACAAAAUGCAUCUGCUGACUUACAGCUGUGGCCUGCUUAGACUUCAACAUCUACAGGCCUGGGAAACAGUGAGGCUGGAGUACAUGGAGGACCCCGACCUCGUUUCUUCAUAUAGGCAAAAGCUAAUUAACUAUUUUACAUCGCAGCUCAGUCAGGACAGAGUGACCUGGAGAAGCGCAGAUGAACUCCCGUGGCUCUUCCAGCAGCAGGGAAGCAAACAGAAGCUGCACAGCUGCCUCCUCAACCUCUUCGUGUCUCAGAACCUUUACAAAAGAGGACACUUCGCCGAGUUGCUGAGUUACUGGCAGUUUGUUGGCAAAGACAAAGGUGCCAUGGCGACCGAGUACUUUGAAUCACUGAAGCAGUAUGAGAACUGCGAAGGCGAGGAGAACAUGCUGUGCCUAGCCGACCUGUAUGAAACCCUCGGCCGGUUUCUGAAGGACCUAGGACUUCUCAGUCAGGCCGUGGUGCCUUUGCAGAGGUCCCUAGAAAUUCGGGAGACAGCCUUAGAUCCCGAUCACCCUAGAGUAGCCCAGUCCCUCCACCAACUGGCCGGUGUGUACGUGCAGUGGAAGAAGUUCGGCGAAGCGGAGCAGCUAUAUAAACAGGCCUUGGAGAUCUCAGAAAACGCUUACGGUGCAGACCAUCCGCACGCUGCUCGGGAACUUGAGGCGCUCGCGACUUUGUACCACAAACAAAACAAGUAUGAACAAGCUGAACAUUUUAGGAAAAAAUCAGUUCUAAUUCGUCAGCAAGCCACCAGGAGAAAAGGCAGCCUGUAUGGGUUUGCCCUACUACGCAGGCGGGCUCUGCAGUUGGAAGAGCUCACCUUGGGCAAGGACAAGCCUGAGAACGCCCGCACCCUCAAUGAACUGGGUGUCCUCUACUACCUUCAAAACAAUCUCGAGACAGCAGAGCAGUUUCUGCUGCGUUCCUUGGAGAUGAGGGAACGGGUUCUGGGGCCAGAUCAUCCAGACUGUGCACAGUCCCUGAAUAACUUGGCAGCUCUCUGCAAUGAGAAGAAGCAGUAUGAGAAAGCAGAGGAGCUGUACGAACGAGCCCUGGACAUCCGAAGACGCGCACUGGCUCCUGACCACCCUUCCCUGGCCUACACCGUGAAGCAUCUCGCAAUCCUGUAUAAGAAAACGGGAAGAGUUGACAAAGCUGUACCUCUGUAUGAAUUGGCUGUUGAAAUUCGGCAGAAAUCCUUUGGCCCAAAGCACCCCAGUGUAGCUACUGCCUUGGUAAACUUGGCAGUCCUUCAUAGCCAAAUGAAAAAGCACAGUGAAGCUCUGCCACUAUAUGAAAGAGCAUUAAAGAUUUAUGAAGACAGCUUGGGGCGGAUGCAUCCUCGAGUUGGAGAAACAUUAAAAAAUUUAGCUGUGCUCAGCUAUGAAGAAGGGAAUUUUGAAAAGGCUGCUGAACUGUACAAAAGGGCGAUGGAAAUAAAAGAAGCAGAAACAUCACUUUUGGGUGGAAAAGCUCCUUCAAGGCAGUCAUCAAGUGGAGACACAUGUCUCUUUAAAACAACCCAUUCUCCUAACGUUUUCCUUCCCCAAGGACAAAGCUAACUGUCAAUUCUUUGCCAGAACACUUCAGGCUAAAACAACUAAACAUCUGGAACAUUCUAACUCAAAUCUUAAUGUUUUUAUAGAAAAUCAUUUCUUCCAACAUAGGCAGUGUUAUUUAACUGGUAUUGUAUGAAGUUGUAUUGGAUUACAUUGAACUGUUGGGUCAAGUUUAAAUUGAUUAAAGAACCUGUUUCCUAUGGGAUGAGAUCCAGGAUGAAGACACUCAGUGGCAGGAGGAGUGGCUUGGCCUCUGCAACAAGAGCUGGCAGGAUCCCAUGGUUUAAGAAAUCCACGAUCCUUUUUCUCCCUCGAGAGCAACCUUAGCUCUGCCGUUCAUCGGUUGUUCCUAGCAGGGCUCUGAGCCAGUUCUCUACCUCAAAGAACUUUCUAGGGCUAAGGGGAAGUUUAUGAAAAGUCUGAACAGUUUUCAGUGAACCGAACUAGAUAGGAAUUCUUGUUUUUCCUUUUUCUGGGCUUGUGUGUGAGGAUGUGUACACACACAUGAAUGUACAUGUGGAGGUCAGAGGUCAGCCUUGGGUUUCAUCCCUCAGGUGCUGUCCACCUUGGCUGGUUUUUUUUAGACAGGGUCUCAGUGGCUUGGUGUUCAUUUAACUAGGCUGACAGCAUCCUAGUGACCUAUCCUCCUGCCUCCACCUCCUGAGACAGGAUUACAAGCUUCCAUUUCUACUCCCAGCUCUCUAAAGUGGGUUCUGGGUCUUGAACUCUGGUCCUUAUGUUUACGUGGCAGACUCGUCACCAACUGAGCUAUCUCCCCAGCCUCUGUGUUGUGAAUCUCUGUAGCUCAGGACGGCCAUGAACUCUUGAUCAGCCGUCCUCAGCCUCCUGAGCACUGGGACCAUAGGCGCAUACCCCCACAGCUGGGUUUGCUUUUGAGCCUUCCUUUUCCCUAAGCUGACUUAGCCAGCCUCUGCUUUCUGUGCUGUCUCCAGGAAGUUAAUCAUGGUGCUGUGCUGCAGUGUCUGAUGGCAUCCAUGCAACCACCGGUGUCAGGUUCUUUACCAUUCUCAUCUUUCUUAUUGUGGUACAGGUCUGAAAAUCCAGCUACUCAUGGAUUGAGACAAGAGGCUCUCAAGGUCAGUACUAGCUUAGAGUGAGUUCAAGACCAGCCCGGGCACCCUAGUGAGACCUUGACACAAACACAAAAGUGGAGCUGAAGACACAGCAGUAGUAGCAUCGGACCCUGUGUUUAGUCCUCAGCACACACACAAAAAGCCAUGACAAAUCCAUUUCUUCUGUAAAUGGUCAAAAUCAAUCUUGCUUUACCUCAAUUAGUUGUUUUUAUACUGGAAAUUAACUAUUUUUAUAGACUUUAUAAAUAUUGCCACAUUUUAGAUAAUGUUAUUUGUAUAUUUAUAGAAAAAUUUUCAACAAUUUUAAAUCUUUUAAGAUCUCAAUAUGUAUUAUUGUAAGAAUGACAGGCAUUAAAAAAUGUGUUUAAUAAUUCAAGGCAGGGUACUGUAUAGACCAUGACAUGUUUCAAGGCACAGGCCAAGAAGAUUUUGUACUUUUCUACCACC